GCCGGACUUGUUUUGUAAUUAGUUUUGUUUAAUCAAAUUUUUAAAGUUGCGUUUUUAAAUAAUUAUUGUUUAUAUUAAUUAAUUUUCGGGUAAAGUCGUAAAGAAAUCCGAACGUCCACCUACAGUUGAAUAGUCCCAAGUUCGCAGCGUGCGCCGAUUCACUUCACACAACGUUAUUAGUUACCUAUAUAGAGAGAAAUCCCGUGUCGAAAACAACGAUAAAUAAAAAAGUUUACGGCAAUGAACGGCGAAGAAGUUGAAGAAAAUGGAAAAAUGGAGUGUUUGGAAAUUGGAAGUCAACUUAAAAGUAAAAUUGAAAAUGUUCAAUUUCAGAUAUUAAACGCUCUCAGAUAUCAUAAUCAUUUAAUAGAAGAAAAGAAAAAAGAGCCUGCAGAUAAAUCAGCGGAACAAUUAUUAUUAGAUUCUGAUCUUCAAGAAGCUAAACAAGAAUGGGAAAAUAUCAAAUAUAAGCAGCGAAAGCUGAUUCGUAGACUGAGACAAGAAUACAAAACCUAUCAAGCCACUGUUAGAAAUACAAGUGUCAACAGUGCGGUAAAAGAACGCAAACACCACUUAUCCUAUGCAAUAAACAGAACCCGUAAACAAAAUUUGCUACCUCGCAGACGUAUCUCACCGAUACGCUCAUACGAAAAUGAACCGGAAAUUACGAGGUCACCAUCCCCAUUGCCCAUUCCAGAAAACCACCCCAUCAACCCCGAGGAUACAAACCAAAAUUCGUUUUUGUUUUAUUUCCGUCUUACCACUCACGAGAAUUUCACCGAAAUGCAGAAAAAAAGGGCCGAAAGGAAACGAAGAAGCACCGUGAAUCCUCAAUUUCUUUAUGGUAAUAAGGGUUGGGACUUUUUAGGACCUAUAGUGAAAAGAAAACGUAGCAGUUUCUUGGCUCAUCCUCCUUCACCACCCAACACUAGAGGACGCAAAAAGCAAGAAAUUAUCAAAAAGUCUGUUUCACCACCUGCUACUACCAAUGGCAAUCAUAGUGAUAAAACAAUUAUUGAUAAUAGAGUAAGCGGUUUUAUACCAUUAUUACCAACUUUGAAAAAUUUGCCACCUGGACUAGUCAUCGAACCAAUCAGUCCUAAUAACAAUCCUGAUUCUCAAAGAUGUAUAAUUUGCAAGCAACCUGGUGCACUAUCACUAUGCGAACAUUGCACGAACGGAUUCCACAUGAGCUGUCACAAUCGUCCUUUCGCCCGAACGCCGAAACAAUGUCCCAAGUGUCUUCGUGCCAAGAUCAAGGAGGAUCAACUUUUGGCGUGCAGCAGCAGCAGCAGCAGUACAUCUUGUAGUUCGCCGAUGUCCGUCGAUUCAAACCGAAGUCCAACGCCUGAGGAAAUUCUAGAAAAACUUCAAUUGAAACGGGAAUGUCAAGAGAAGCGUGCGGAACUGUUGGCGGAAUUGACUCAGUUGCAAAACCGCCAUUCGGAAUUGACUGUUAUUCUUAAGAACCAGGACGAGGACAAGCAACGUUUGACGCAAAUCAAUAAGUCGACUGAGGCUAAAAUUGAUGAGCUGAUUAGGUUUAUUGAAAAUGUUAAGCGAAUUCCUGUCGCGGAACAAGUUAUUUAAUUUUUAGGCAUUGUGUACCUCAAAUUUUCCUAAUAAGUGACUUUAUAUGUUUUUGUACUGUUUUUUUUUUAAACUUAAUUGGUUGAAUCUUAGUUUUUACUUGUCCUUUAUUCGAAUUGUACAUAUGUAUUUGUAAUAAAAAAAUAAUUGCAUUUUUUCUUAUUUAUACAAAACUGGAAUUAUUUAAUACGAUAUCAAUCGUGACAAGCUGAAUCCGGAGGAAAGUUUCUUAGAAUAAGGUGGCUCUUUGUUGGUUUUCAAAUAAAAUGAUCCAGUCAGGGUGGUAUUCAGGUCGCCCAUUGGUACUGUGACUUUAUCGCAAUAGCUUAUCUUGUAUUCAGCCCAGCUGUUGCAUUUUUGAGCUACCAUCUCGGUGGGGUUCAGUAAUGCUUCUGUAAAGUAAGCCCAUGAUCUUCGGUGGUCACACAAUACU